UUAAUCCCUCUAGUUUUUUCGAUUAACGAAGCUAAAAAAUGGCAGACAAUCCAGACUACACCAAGGCAACGUCGAUUCAUGAGUUUACUGUCAAGAACAUCAAAGGAGAAGACGUGAAACUUGAUGUUUUCACAGGUCAUGUGUGUAUCAUCGUGAAUGUUGCGUCGCAGUGUGGGCUCACCGUGAGCAAUUACAAGUCUCUCAAUGAGUUGUAUGAGCAAUAUGCAGAGAGCAAAGGCCUGCGCAUCUUAGCGUUCCCUUGCAAUCAGUUUGCAGGCGAGGAGCCAGGUGACUCUGAAGAAAUCUGCAGUUUUGCCGCUAAAAAGAAUGUCAAGUUCGACCUGUUUGAAAAGAUUGAUGUCAAUGGUGAUAAUGCUGCACCACUGUGGAGGUUUUUAAAGCACAAGCAAGGUGGUACCCUGGGCAAUUUCAUCAAGUGGAACUUCACUAAAUUUAUCAUUGACAAAAAUGGGGUGCCAGUUGAGCGCCAUGGACCCAACACUGACCCCGCAUUGUUGGUAACAUCGCUUGAAAAAUACUGGUAAAAUGCGUGAAGUAACAAAUAUUUUUUUAUUAAAAGAAAUAUACUCCAAGUUAAGUGAAAAAAAUAUCAAAGUGCUAUUCACGUAUGAAUAAGUUUGUUUAAGAAUUAUCACUUAUUAUUUUGUUAUUUUGUAAGUUUUCUUUCUUUGUGACCAAAUCUGAUUCUUUGAAGCACAUUUGAGGCACACUAUUAAAACACAGGGCAUUUUCGAGCCUUUUUAUAUAAAUAAAACAUAGGGUUGCGC